AAUAACUAUGAAGUUUUAGAUCUAAAUAUAGCCAAAAACAGCGUGCCAAAAAAGUGGAGCCAAAUUCGUCCAAGGAUAAGAGCUAUGCAUGAGGGAGAUAAUCCUUAAUUUUGAAAUGAAUUUCUAAAUUUUAUAACAGCAAUUAAAUAUACAUCCGUAUAUCACGAAAUAAACACAUAGAGGAAGUACUCUUGGCUCUAGAGAAAUGAAAUAUAUGACGCCGAGAAUCAUGGGAAUUUUAGUUUGUUUUAUUUAUAGUCGUGAUUGGUGUUGAAGGAUUUGUAUUCUUCCAGAGUGAGGAAAUGUUACCAUGGUAACCAUCAUCUGUCAGAUAUUGCUGUGUGUAAUAUACACCACAGCGUAUGAAAAUCUGAGCAGAAGAUCGACAACAACUCUAUCGCAGAGCUCGACCCACUAUGAUCGAUUUGCAUACUAUGCCAAUGAUAAUGACUUGCGGACAAACUAUGCCCGGUGUGCCCACACUGAUGCAAACAAAUCUAUAGCCUGGUUUCAAGUGGAUCUUGGAAAAGAAUACAGUAUAAAAAGCGUUAAAGUAUACUAUAGAAAAGAAGAUGCAAAGUAUAAUUGGUUACAAUACAGAUUUAAACAUUUUUAUCUGGACGUCUCUAACUCAUCAGCUACAAUGACUAACACGUCAGAGAGAACUCGUUGUUAUACCGACCGAUCCACGGGAUUACCUGACUAUAUAAUAGACAUUCCAUGUAAACAAACGGCAAGAUACGUCAUUGUAGAAACAACAUAUGAUGCUCCUGAAGAUGAUCCUGUAACUGGAGCCUUCUUGGAAAUUUGUGAAAUACAGGUUAACGGAUGCGAGAUUGGCAAGUAUGGUGAUGGAUGUCGAGAUUGCAGUGGAUGUCGAACAUGUGACGUCAUUAGCGGUGUCUGCCCAUCGGUACCCUGCAGUGUUAAUUGUAUCAGUGGAUUAUGUGAUUCCACGACUGGAUAUUGUACCCAAGGCUGUGUUAACGGAUACUGGGGGAAAACGUGUACAUCAAUAUGUCCACAAAACUGUCAGGGUGGAAGUUGUGAUAGUACCAGUGGUUACUGUAACGACUGUAGUAAUAACUACUGGGGACAAACGUGUAACACUUCGUGUCCACAAAACUGUAACAGGGGUGUGUGUGAUCAAAAGAAUGGAUCUUGUUAUAAUGGCUGUACACAAGGACGGUACGGAUUACAAUGUGAAAACACUUGUAACGCAAAAUGUUCGGGGAAUGCUUGUAUACAGAACAAUGGAGUAUGCACGAACGGAUGUUCUGAUUUUUAUUAUGGAGAUACAUGUGAUUACGAGUGUAGUCCUUACUGUAGUCCCAGACGUUGUAACAGAGUUUCCGGUACAUGCACUGGAUGUAGCAGCGGUUAUUUUGGUUCGUCUUGCCGAGAAACUUGUAGCGUAAACUGUGCUGAGGGAACGUGUGAUCAACAGAUGGGAAAAUGUCACAGAGGAUGUAAACCAAGCUGGACCGGGGACCAGUGUGACAGAUGUAAAAGUGGACUUUAUGGAGACAUUUGUAACAAUGAUUGUACAACGUGUCCAUCUGGAUGCAAUAGGCACUCCGGCGAUUGUGAGGGAACAUGUCCGAAUGACAAAUAUGGAAAACUGUGUGAUUUACCCUGCAGUCCGGGUUGUUCAGGUGGAUGUAAUAAGUACACUGGUAUGUGUGAUCAUGGCUGCGUCUUCGGUAAAUUUGGAGUCAACUGUAGUGAAAACUGCAACAUUGGAUGUAUUGCCGACUGUGAUCAGAACAACGGACGUUGUGAAUGCAAAACUGGAUGGAAAGGGGACAAAUGUGAUGAGUGCAGCUCAGAUCAUUAUGGUCAGUCAUGUGAUCAACGAUGUAGUUCGCAUUGUGUAAAUGGAAUCUGCUUUUCAAACAACGGGACGUGCGUGAGGGGAUGUACUGGUACAUUCAGUAAUGACAAGUGUACCCAAGAAAAUGUGCAACCCUUUACCACUGAUUGUGACAACAGCAUGGUCAUCGUCAGCAUUGUAAUGUCUGUUGUCAUUGUUCUCACAGGAAGUGUCGUAAACUUCCUGUUGUGGAGGAGAAACCAGUCCCAGAAUGUAAAAAGAAGAUUAAAAGAAAAAUCUAAUAGCCACACUACAGUGCAUGGACUUUCAGACAUACCAAACAGCGAAAACCAGGUUAUAUCCUCUUAUGCAGAACUCGGAGACCUCGACAGACCGAACACAUACGAAGCCCUCCACCAAUAUGCCAACGCUGUUUAAAAGAAUGAGACCUGGAUUUGUAUGCUUAUAGAUCAAAAUAAAACUGUAUAUUAGUAUUUGAACACUCUCAUCGAAGACAAUGACAGGUGCUACUGCAUCACAUGUGAAUAUUAUGUUAUAGAAACAUGUUUGGCUUUGAAUACAUUCUACGGAAACUGAAAAUCUAAUAACAAUACUCAUGUUUGCUUCAUUUGCUUACCACUAUCAUAUUAAUACACCAUUUUAUGAAUCAAUUUAGCUUCUUCAAUGCAAAUUGUUUUAUAAGCAUGGACGGUUGUUUUUUUAAUGCGUGUGGGAAACAUCUUAUAGACAAGGGCUCUAUUGUCCGCUUUUAGAUUACCAGUUCGCUCUGAUAGGGCCCAGGAGUACCCCAAGUUCCGUGAUCUGUGGUAAAGCUAAUGUAAUCUUGAAGUAUGCAUUCUGCAUUUAAUUUGGGAAGAAUUGUUUGUGUUUCUAAACUUCAUCCAAUCAUGUUUGGCUCCCUAUGUUUAGUAUUUUUUUAUAGACAGUCUUGUGUGACGUCCGUAUUUUGUUAUGUUUUCUCUGAACUUCCUCGGUAUACAUGAUGUAGCACUUGUAAGUUUGAAAUAUUUCGAACUGCAUCUGCUGAUUUUAAAAUGAAUCAUUUUAAGUUCCGCUGCGAUUUUAACUGGAUACAUUUUAAUACUGAUGCGUAAAAAUGACAUUUCAGAUAAUCAUAACUUUUUUUUGGAAAAAAUUUAAGUGUU